AGGCUAUUUAUAAGGCAUCAGCAGCCAAAGUGAAACAACUUGCAUGAACAGCAGUGGAUGAAAAUGUUGCUGAUACUGAUUUUGGCUUAUUUUUUUAAAGCUUCCACCUCUCAUGUGACUGGAUCUGGAAGCUCAAUAGCUCAGUUUGGUGGAGAUGCAUAUUACAGAUGCAAAUUUGCUGCCCAGACAGGUGUACUGCAGGUAACAUGGCAACGGCUUUUCAAAGAUGAGUCACUGGACAAUUUAGCAACCUACAGCAAGCGCUUUGGACCAGAGGUUAAUAUGCCUUACACAGGAAAGGUGAUCUUCACAGAGGCGUCCCUCAACUCCACAGCCAUCACUCUCAGAAAUGUAACAUGGGAAGAUGAAAGCUGCUACGUCUGUUCUUUUAAUGUUUAUCCUGAUGGGUCCAAAAGGAAACAGAUAUGCCUCACAGUUGAAGGAAUAUCAAAAGUGAACACAAACCACACUCUGAUAGACAGCCCACUUGAAGAGGAGGGCAAACAUGCAUUCAGCUGCUCAGCCACAGGAAAACCAGCUCCAACCAUCACGUGGGACUUCUCUGGUGCCACCGACUUCAACCAAACACAGACAUCCAUAGUCAGGAAUGCUGACAACACAUUCACCAGCAGUAGCAUCCUGCAGAGAGGACCUGCAGCCUGGAUCGGGCAUGUGGACUGUGUGGUGAACAGUGGAAGAAAUAGCGAGAGGCGGGAGAAGCUCUAUUUCUCUGAGGAGCAGGGGGAGAAGGAGAAAGGGGAAGAACAGCAUCGGUAUCUGGUCCCACUGGCCAUCGCAGCUGUAAUAGCAAUCCUCUGCAUUGUUGCUGCAGCCAUAGUGAUGCAAAAACGGUUAAAGAGGAAAGCAGCAAGCAGAGACAUUCCAUGAUCAGCUUUGCAGCAACAAAAGUCAAGCAUACAAGCAUUACAUCAACCUCAGUCUUUGUGCAUCUAGAAAGUGAAUAAGCUAAUGCUAGGAAAUAUAUAUAUAUAUAUAUAAAAAAUCUUCAUGACCACUUGUAUUUCUUUUAAACUACAGCACUUUGCACUUUGCCAUGGAGCUUGCUGAGGCUUUGCUGAAAGUAAAAAUCCAGGAAGCAGUUUGGAACCAUGUCUAAGAUUAGGAGUUUUAGUAUUAUGAAAGUUCUGAGGCUUUUUUUCUUUUUGUUUUUGUUUAUAAUAAAUUAAAAGUGGACCUUUAAAGUUGUUCACUCUGUCACAGUAACAGCAGCAUAGUGUGACAAUGAGCAAAAUUAAGCAGGUUGAUCACCAGCAAAAUGUUUUGGUGACAAGGGACAAGACGACGCUUGAAUGUAACAGACUGAUACUGUGGCGCCAUCUACUGGUCAUGAUGGGGAACAACAUUUUCUAUUACAGUUUAAAGAAAGCUGUGAUCAUAUGUUUAUUUUUUUCUUAGUCAAUUUCAAAUUUUACCUGACGCACACAAACUUUAGAGAAUAUAUAAUAUAGGUCUAAUAUAUUGUUUUGUUCAGGUUGUUUUGGAACUUUUUCUCGCAGUUUGCACUUUGUGUUGGAUUCAGAUAGUAUUUAUUUACCACACUGAUAUUGCAAAACAAUGCAUUUUUUUGCUGUUGUUGUUCAAUUGUAAUUUAUCUCUUUUUUCUGUUUGUUUUUUAUUGAUAUGGUAAUUAAUCCCAGUCAAAUACUGAGUCAUGAACCUGUGGGUCAUUGUAUUACUUAGAGAAAACUUUAUGAUUGAUCUAUUUGUUUAUGUAUUUUUUUAUAAUUUAUCCUCACUUUAUUUAUUUUUAAUUAGUUUAUACAACAUGUUUCAGUUUUCAGAGAUUAAACUUUAUUGUUUGGUU